AUGAUUUUCGUAAACGACGGCGAGUUCCUCUUCUUCAGCACCAACCCCCUUCAUCUGAAUACGAUUGUGGCGAAACAUUUCAAUUGUGAGUUUAUCAGCUAUUUUCAGCCUAAUCGCAGGGUAAAUGUUUGCAGUAUUGAACUUUGCGUGCUCUGGAAUCAUAAUCUCGCUAUUGGCCAUUCACUUUUUCUAUCGAUACAUGGCGGUUUGCAAGUGAGUUUUACCUGAGACUUUGAAGAAUUUACGUCUAAAGCACGUUUUUGAAGUAAUAUAGUGCCAACGCAAAAACUUGCUUCAAAAUCCUUGUUUUCAGCAACCAAGCGUGGCUCCGUCAGUUCGAAAUGCCCAAAUUCUUCACCUGGGUCUCCAUUUUUGUAUUUUUCGGUCUCGAAUGGUACAUUGCCACUUUAUACCUGGGAAAUACGAGUGAUGCCACGUGUGAAGUCGAUAUGUGAGUUGGACGUUUCUCUGGAAUUAUAGUAUCCGUUUUGUGGAUACCGUUCAAUCGAAACGGUAUAUCUCAGCUGUCAUUGAAGAUAUGAACAAGUUGUCAACUGAUAAAAUGUGUAAAAUUGUAUUAGGAGCAUUUUAUCAGUUGACAACUUUUUCACAUCUUCACUGACAAAUGAGAUAUGUCGUUUUGAAUGUAGAGUAUUCGACGAAAAAGCGUUUCUUCAGGGAUAGUCUAGUGAAGUAUUUCGAUGCGGAUAUUAAUCUUACAGUAUUCGUUGGCAUCCGAUAUUUUGUGAGUUUGAUUUGA